GUGUACCCGAAAAUUGAUCAAAAGCAUUUACACAUCAGAAUGAUAGAUUUGCGAAAUCUGUUUGGAGUUAUCUGUGUAUUAAGUUUGUCUUUCGAGCAAGGUCCUCCUGACAAUAUUGGAAGAGAAUUUGUUGUAUCUUUUAUGGAAACUGGUAAUGCUGGUAAUAUACAUGACAUACCUCUUGAAUUGUACGUAACAACAACAGAGAAACAUACGGUUCUUUUUAAAAUAACAUCACCAAAAUGGACACAACCUGCGGUAUCAGAAUUUAUUUCCGUCUCACCUGGACAAGUUGCCAGAGUUAUUAUAAGUGACGAGUUUCGUAUGAGAGGAAGUUUGAAAUCUUCAAAAGUACUUCUUGUCAAGUCAGAUGACGAUUUAGUAGUUUAUGGGGGAAACAAAGAUCACUAUUCUAAUGAUUUGUUCUAUGGCAUUCCAAUAGAUGCAUUAGGAAAUGAGUAUUAUGCUUUGUGCUACGGACCAGGGUUUCUUAAAACACAACUUGGAGUUGCAGCUACACAGGACAACACUGUGGUAAACGUAACGCUUCCCAAUGCUCCAAAUAUUACAGUCACAUAUAAUUCAAAGACUUAUCAAGGAGGCGAAGUCAUUACUGUGAACUUAGAUGAAUAUGAAAACUUCCAACUACAAAGUGUUGGUGAUUUAACGGGUGCUCAUAUUGAAAGCACUCAUCCUAUUUCGGCAUACAGUGGUAAUAUUAAAACAAACAUAGGAACGGGGAGAUUUGGAGACCAUCUGGUAGAGCAGCUUACUCCAGUUGAUACAUGGAGGAGAAAAUUCAUGACAGCUCCAAUUCCAAAAAGAACCGUCGGGGACUACUUUCGUAUUGUAGCUAGUGAAGACAACACCGAAGUUAGAAUUGCAGGUUUACCAUCAUUAAUUCUUGCAAAGGCGGUUUGUGUUAGGUCAAAUAGUCAGAAGUGA